AUCGUAGAUUUUCUUCUUUCGAUGUUUCACUCUUUGGAAAUUACUCAAGGGUUCGAUGUCUUAGAAAUAGUCAUUUUGACUUUUCGUCUCGGAUUUGAACGUGUUUUAGGACAACGAAUCUAACUGUUCAAGAGUCUCAACACGUCAUAUCGUCAGCAGACUAUAGCAUUAGCGAGUACGUUCUCGUAUGCAGGUUCUAGAGACUAUAUAUAUCACGAUUAUGGGAAGAGUAUCUCACAUUCUCACAUUAUGGAAGGAACUUCUCGAACACUUCCUUACACCAUAAGAUUCGUUGGUCUUCUUGGCAGUCAUUCUCUUGGUAGAAAUCCAAAGUUUAUGGCUACUGCAGUAGAUUUAGGAAGAGAAUUGAUAAGGCGAAGAAUUAGUCUUGCUUAUGGAGGAGGAAACGUUGGCCUACAAGGAGCUGUUGCUUCAACAGUCUUUACCAAUGGAGGUCUCGUUAGAGGUUUCAUUCCUGGGUACAUAGCAACACGACGGGUCUACGGACCUACAUACGGCGUAGAGCACACAGUUUCCAGCAAUUAUUACAAAUAUUUUGAGAUGAGUCAUGCCGUGGAAGCUUUCAUCAUUCUUCCUGGAGGAGUUGACACUAUGGAAGGUUUGUUCACCUUGAUCUCGUGGGCUUCUGAAGGGUUACACAAUAGACCCAUUGGUCUCUUGAACAUUGACGGUUAUUUCAAUAACCUACUCAAAUUUCUAGAUGAUGCGGUGCGGCAGAACUUCAUGGAUUUGAAUCAAAGGAAACUUUUUAUUUCUUCAUUCUUUGUUGAUGAGCUUUUAGACAAACUAGAGUUUGCUAAAGCGUUCCCGGGACCAGAGGUUAGUUACGAUGAGUUUGUGAAUCCUAGAAGACUAAACUUGGAAUUGCAUUUAUAACUUUCUACACGUAAUCCAAGUUGUAUUUGUGUUUAAAUAAUAUUAUCCAUAAACAUCAAUGCGGCCUAACAUCGAGUGUUAACACCCUAGCUUACCGUCAUGCAUUACAUAAGAUCCCUUUUAGUUGUUAAAACACCAUCUUUAUUCCAAGAAAUCAUCCUUUUAAUAAUCAUAAUGGUUUGGUAUCAAAAUAUAGGAUUCCAUAACUCAAAAAUCGUGUUUUCUAAAUAAAAAUUGAUUAACAUAUGAUAGGAAAUUCAAUUAUUAGCUAUUAGCUUCAUUUUCUUCAAUAGUGUAGGGAGACAGUCUACUGUCACUUCUAAUAAUCUACUGUCUGAUGUUCAGAAUGGGCUGAUAAUCGAUUAUCACACUCUGAUAAUCGAUUAAAAACUUCAGAGAGGG